AUGAAGCGAAAAUAGAAUGAAGCAGGUGAAUCUAGUGAUGAUCAAAGUUAGGAAAUCAUCUACAAAAAAUAGGAAUUGAAUGAUAAACAAGAAGAGAAAAAAGUUGUAAGCAGUUAUAACAACAAUUCAAAGCUUAGCAAUCAAGAUUAGAAAGAGGAAAACAGUAAUUUUAGUAAUGGAUCCACUGAUAAUCUUUCAAAGCCUCCAAAAGAUAAAGAAAAGAAUUCAUUGGCAUCAAAAUAUACACCCUAAUAAAUAGAAUAGCUGAAACUGUAGUAUUUAAAUGAAAAGAAUCUAAAAAAGCUUGUAGAGCUUUGUUAGCCUCUAACUGAUAUUUAUAAAGAGUAUUAGAAAUUAAAAUAUAAAAACAAAAUCUAUUCAAUUAAUGAUUUAGUGCUUAUCCAAAACGCAGAUGAUCUCUAAAAUGAUUUUAUAGGAUAGCUAAUUAAGAUUAUACGUAUUGAAAACCAAGGAAAAUAUAUUACUCUCAUACAAAUUAAAUGGUACUAUAAAAAAGACGAUUUACCAUAAAAGAAAUUUGGUGAUGAUGUAAUUGAAUGCAUUAGCGAUAAUGAAAUAUUUGAAACAGACCAUUUAGAUAUCACUUUUGUCGAUUGCAUAAACGGUCCUUGCAAGCUAUAUAAUUAUUAGGAAUAUGACCAGUUAAAAUCUAUAUCAUAAAAUACAUUCUUCACUAGAGCCAAGUUUGAUACUAUUAAGAAGAAAUUAAUUCCUCCCUUUGAAAAGUGGGAAACUGGUUGUGUUUGCAAAAGACCUCUUAAUCCAGAUUAUUUGUAUAUCUAAUGCGAAAAAUGCGAAAAGUGGUUCCAUAUUACUUGCAUAAAUAUAUCAGAAAAAGAUGUUGAUAAAAUUGAUUACAAUUGCCCAUAUUGCCUUUAAAAUGCCUAAAAUUCCGCCAAACCUUCAUAAGUUAAUAAAGAAACCUCUAAUACUUCACCAAAUCAGUAAGUUAAUGAUAAACAAAAAAAUGGUGAGGAAAAAGAUAAUGGUUAAACUAUAAAGAAAGCAUAAGAAGUUACCAAAAAAUGA